UUUUGCGCCCAUUAGAGACUAUAAAUAGGGUAGCUCUGGGGGAGUUUGCUCUGACUCUAUCCAGGUCUUUAGCAUUUUGUCCAUCAUGUCCGGACGCGGGAAGCAAGGCGGCAAGGCUCGCGCCAAGGCCAAGACGCGCUCGUCGCGGGCCGGGCUGCAGUUUCCCGUGGGCCGCGUGCACCGCCUGCUCCGCAAGGGCAACUACGCCGAGCGGGUGGGCGCCGGCGCGCCCGUGUACCUGGCGGCCGUGCUCGAGUACCUGACGGCCGAGAUCCUGGAGCUGGCGGGCAACGCGGCCC